AGUGCAUUCUGUUAGUAGUGGGUCAUGUUGCCUUGUAUAGACUGCUAAGGGGUAGGAGUGGUCUUUGAGCGUACCUUUAUUUACUGCAGUCCAACUCAAAUGCUGCUGAAACGUCUGAGAAGGAAGGCUAUCUCCACACUUCUGAUUUCAAAAUAGAGCAGCACACUGCACCAUGGAAUGAUAUUGAAGACCAAUGACACUUUUCGAAAAGCAGAAGGAAUUUCCCAAUGUCCUGGAUUACAAUUCUCCAAAUAAAUAAUUGUCCGUUCCCUUAUGGUGGUUGUUGAAUCUUGCUGGAACAAAUGGUCUACAAAACAGUUAAUACUCUUGCCAGAAAUUACUAGUGACGUUGUUAGAGAGUUCGAAAGCUAUGUUUUACUUAAUCUAAAUUGUGUUGGGGGAAGAGGUCAGAUGAUCAAUCAUGCAGGGCUCCAUUACCCAUAUAUUAUAUCUCCCCGUUCGACUUAAAAUCAAAAUGCCAACUUGUCCGUUAACAACUUGAUUUGUGCCAUGCACAGUAACCUUACAGCCAUGGAGACUGUAUCCAUUACAGACAAUUUACCAGCAGAGAGCAAGAAAGAAUGUAACAUUGAAGAGCAGGAGGAGGAACAAUCAGAAUCGGAUUCAGAAACAGAAUCUACUGGUGGAAACCAAGAAAUGCUAACUGAAGAGAAGGCACCUGAGAUUGUACAGCCACACAGGACCAAUUAUUUUUUCACGAGUAUUCCAAGAGAAUAUUUCACGUUUGUAGGUUACGAGAUCAGUAUCCAGGAAUCUAUUGAAUCUUAUGGAGCAUUCACUUGGCCAGGGGCAGUUGACCUGUGCCAUUUUCUGGAGAACAACUGGACUGAAUUCAACUUCAAUGACAAACAUGUAUUAGAACUAGGGUCUGGAACAGGACUUCUGUCUAUUGUGGCUGCAAUACUAGGUGCCUACGUGACUGCCACAGACAUGUCUGAGCUGCUUGGAAACUUGCAAGUCAAUCUUAUGAGAAAUACACGUGGAAGAAGCAAGCAUCCACCCCAAGUUAAGGAGUUGGCCUGGAAUGUGGAUUUAGACAAAAAAUUUCCCCGGUCUGUCCAUCAUUAUGAUUACAUCCUAGCCUCUGACGUUAUUUACCAUCAUGACUAUCUGAAUGACUUGAUGGCCACAUUUGAGCAUUUUUGUCACCCAGACAGUGUCAUACUCCUGGCAUACAAAUUAAGAUUUGAUUCAGAUCAUGCUUUUUUUGAAAAAUUCAAAAAGUUAUUCAAUACUACAACUCUGGCAGAAAUCUCAAGUUCAGGUGUGCGAAUUGUUAAAGCGACAAAGAAAGUGGAGUAAAGGUUAGAAGGAAAUGCGCAGUUUCAAUAUCAGCUCACCAAUUUAGUUCCAUAAGAUUUUACGGGCUGUAUUUCUCUGUGCUCAGAAAUUAUAAAGACAGUAAAAAUAGCCGAGGGGAGUUUGAGGGCAGGUCCUUUCUGUUGAUUAAUAGGGAGCAGCCUAGAUUAUCUCAAUCUGUAAGAAAUUAAAAGGCAAAUCAAGCUCAACCUACAGUCCUGCUGUUCAGUGGAAUUACGCAAUGCUAUGAUUUAAAAUUUUAACCCUCUCAAGGCAAUCAGAUAUGAGCAAUAAAUGCUGACCCUGACAAAAUCAUCCACAUCUGGAGCCAGAGAAAAAAAAACACUGGUGAGGUUUUAGUGGAGUGUGUACACUCCUACACAGAUUUGAGUAUCUCCCAAGAUCCAACCCAACUGACAAAAGGUGGUUAUGUGGCAUCAAAAAGAUUACCAAUUAAACACUUCUGUAAAUCCUUUUGUAAGGCUCACUCCUUUUCACUGUUAAUCACACCUUGUAUUCUGUACACUGUUAACUAUGAUCGUAAGAUGCUACCCCGUGUGAAGGACGUUAUAUAAAUGCAGGUUGCUGUUGUUGUAAUGACUGACAAUAUGCUGUAACCGUAGAGCAAUUGGAAUAAAUAUAGCUUUUGGUACAUAUAGCGUAAACAUAA